AUGGAGCUUCUCUUUAAGCCCAACGAGGCGCUUGCCACCCGCAGUCGAGAGGCUGUUCGUUCGGCUAUUGCAAAGGAAGUGACGGCCGCCGGGAUUGUCGCCGGCGUAAUAUCACAGGACUAUCAGGCCUGGUCCAUCAUGGACGAGCCCACGCUGGACGAGAGAAAGGACUUUUGUAUACAAAGAGCACGUCACGCUGCUACUGCAGCACACGCAAGGAUCCUGUAUGAUAGCGCAGCAAGUUUUGCCACGACGGCGCCUCGGGCCAUCGCUAACAAGAGCACACUGACAGGGCGGCUCGAGAUCGUGUCCCGACGCAUAGGAUCCAACGUCGACUGGCGAGCCGAGAUCAGCACCGUGUUCGACACGCUCAGCAGAAUCGGGGAGAUCAAACUGACAACAGGCUGCUCCAUGCACGUCCACGUCUCCCCCUCCGCAGGCAAGACCCCGUGCACACCAAAGCAGAUGCACGGCAUCCUCAAGGCCAUAGCGUACAUGGACCACGCCAUCACCGACAUUGUUCCCGGCUCCCGGAAAGAAAACGAGUGGGCGGCGUCCAACUUCAGCCCGGGCAAGUGCGAUCCAAGCACUGGGGAGCUGUACAACGACGUACCGCAAGACACUUGGGAACCUCUUUUCCGGGAGUUUGAGAAAAUCAGGAUGCUCGUCAUGAUUUCCACCAAAGUCCUCAACGACAAAUUCCUGUCGUGGAACUUCAAGCAUCUGUGUUCCAGCUGUGGAACGGUCGAGUCUCGACGCCCGCCGGGCGUUGGUGAUGCGCAACGUGCAAUAUACCGGGUUGCCGUCACGUUGGGUUUUAUCCAGCAAGCCAUCUGCUACGACUGGGGUGACGUGAAGUGUGACCAGGAACACGCAGAUGUUGGGUUUCUUGGCGAAUUCAUUGUCCUCGGGCUCAGCAGACUGGAACGCACAUGUCAAGGGAUCAUUGAAGUAAUGGGGACGGACGCGUCCCAGUCCCCGCCGUCCACGUGGGCAGAAAAAGCAGCCAUCGACGUGAAAAAGAAGGAGAAACUCCUCAAAGAUGGCAACUUCGUGGCCAAGGCAAGUCACAACUGA